UUGAUGACGUCAGUGUGAAAUUGUUAUGCGUGUUCCCUGCAUGGAUUUUUAAACCGUUGCGACAGAAACCGUGUCGGUUUGGUUAUUUAUAUUAAGUUUGAGCGUUAAACUGUGUCAUAUUCAUUUAUUUCUAUUUGAAUGAGUAAUAAGAAUACUUGAAAACACGCCGUUAAAAGCAGGAUAACAUUUCAGGAAAAUGCGGAUAAAUGAAGACACUUUACUGGAAGGAAGUAAGGUUGUGUUGGUUCCCUACAACGCUGAACAUGUUCCCAGGUAUCAUCAGUGGAUGAUGUCCGUGGAGCUGCAGAAACUGACAGCGUCUGAACCUUUAACCCUGGAGCAGGAAUAUGACAUGCAGAGAAGCUGGAGAGAGGAUGAGGAUAAGUGCACGUUCAUCAUCCUGGACAAGCAGCGAUGGACAGAUCCGAGCAUCUCAGAGGAAGAGUGCAUGGUGGGAGACAUCAACCUCUUCCUGACGGACCCCAGUGACAUGUCACUGGCUGAGCUGGAAAUUAUGAUAGCAGAGCCCAGCUACAGAGGCAGAGGAUUUGGCAAAGAAGUGACAUGCAUGAUGAUGCAUUAUGGCAUCAACAAACUCGGCAUCAAGAAAUUCGAAGUGAAGAUCGGUUUGGAAAACCGGAUCAGCGUAGAUAUGUUCAAGAAGCUCCAGUUUCAAGAGCUCUCCAUCAGCGAGGUGUUUCAGGAAGUGACUCUCGGCCUGACUGUGAGUGAGGCAUCAUGGGAAGAGCUGCUGGGCAGCACAGAUAUCGCACAGGAGAGGGAGUACGGAAAAACACGGGACUCUAGGCACGAUGCGAAACAUUCCUUAACCACCGGAGCUGAGGGGAACUGAGAGGAGAGUUGGUUUUAAUAACAGCCAGAGAGUAGAUGGAGAAAUGGUUCACACGCGAGUGUCAGAGGAUUAUCUAAACAUCAUUUAUUUUGCUGCUAAAAGUAAAUCUGAUUUGUUAUAUUGCACUUUUAACACAGCCUUUGCGUUCUCUCCAGGCCAAAAUGAUCCGCUUUACAGUGCAACAAAACUCCGAAUGAUUUUUCCACCUUCAAGCAUUUGAAGUGCCUGGCUCAAAAUGAACAUCUUCGUUCUAUAUAAUCUCAUGAUUUAAUAUUAUCUGCCUUUGAAGUCCCCAUGAAAUCAAAAUCGACGUUUUGUGGCUUUUUAGUUCGAAAAUGUUCGCCUUAAGGUUAUCCAUAAGCUAGUGCGCUCCAAAACUGUAACAAAAUUCACAUUUAACAUCACCAGUUUUGAUGACAUCAUUCUGCACUUCAGCUUCUCAUCAGAUUUUCUGUCCAAUCAAAGAAUAGAAUUUGACGUGUCCCGCCCCCGACGUUAUAAAAUCACCUUGCCCAAGUCGCCGUCGUUGAGCAAGAUAAAUAAUUUCAACGAGCGCGUGGCUGUUCGGACGCGUUCAGUUUUAUCCAAGUGUAAGUCGGUUAAGAAGGAAAUAAGAAGCUUGAAUUCAUUCACUUUGAAGGAAGAGAUAUUUGUGACAGCCAUGUUUCUAUGGUAUUAUCUGUCAAGUACGGCUUAGCCAGGGGCUGUGAGGUAAGCUAAACGCUAUUGGUUGUUUAAAAAGGGGGAGGAGCCACUCGAUACAUCCCAUCCCUGACUUCCUGUUUCAGUGGAAAUUACGUAAACACAUCGAAUAACACUGCAUGUUUCAAGGCACUUCACGGGGACUUUAAGAAGCAAGUUUACACCAAUGACAUGGAUGUUGUCGGGGGGUUGGGUUGUGGGGAGUAUAUUCGAAGUGUUACAAUCUGAUCUUUUUUUUUCUUUUCAUCACAUGUAAAAUGACACGUUUGUGUAAAAUAUGAAACUCAGUCACCUUC